AUGGAGUACACGCCCACCCAAUUCCCGAAUAUUUAUCCAACAACGGGACACAGCUCUACAGAAACAGAGGUAGCAUGGAGCUAUGCCGUCGCCGAACGAAAUAUCUCAUUCGAGACGCUGGUUCUUUCCUGGGCAGCACUUCUUCAGGCUUAUACAGGCGAUGAACAACCUGUAUUCGUUGUGAACCGCAGCACAGUCAAAGCGAAUAUAGGCCAGAAGAGCUUUGCUCCAGUCCCAGUGGAACAAAAAUGGCAAACAGACGAGACAUCGUAUACAGCCAUAUGUAUAAACGGGAAAGACAGUGGCGUCAUUUUGGAAACAGACAACACAAGCGUUGCGAUAGGCAAAUGCUCGCUGUCUGUUGGCAUUGACUUUGCCACAGGUGCUGGUGAUAUACGAUCACAGCUUGGCAUUCUACCUGAAUAUCUACAGCAAAUCGCAUUGCAGUUGGGCAUUUGCAUACAAAAGUAUACUGGGCUUACCGUGGAUGGAGAAAUGAACCUGAAUCAGAAUUUGAGACUGUCUAUCGCCAAUCCAGAACCACGGGAGUUGCCAGGUCCUGCUUUUCUUCACCAACUGGCAUUUCAUCAUCAACAACGAGAUGCUCCGGCUCUAGAAUUCCUGAGCGUUGGCUAUUCCGUUCAGAGCCUAUCAUUUUAUGAGCUGGACUGCCUUUCAACUCAGUUGGCGCAACAGAUAGCUCAAGCAUUUGACUCUCCACGCUCAAAUCUUACAGGUCGAAUCGUUCCUGUGCUUCUCUCCCAGUCAGUCGAACUGUAUAUCACAUGGCUAGCAGUCCUGAAAUCAGGUGCAGCAUUCUGUCCGUUGAGCACAGAUGUCCCUGAAGAUCGAAUCUGUUUCAUUUUGAACGAUGUUUCGGCAGAUGUGAUAGUCACGAACAGCGCAUUCAAGGAUAAAGUCGCCAACGGAGCAGAUAUCUCACUUAUCUUGGUGGACAAAGUUGAUUUACAAGCCGCUUCAUCUAUUUGGCAAGAACCUACUCUCGCCCCUGAGGAUGUCGCCUAUGUCAUGUACACCUCCGGUUCAACAGGCAGACCUAAAGGAGUAGCCAUAUCGCACCGAGCAGCUACACAAUCGGUGUUAGCACAUAAUAAUCUAAUCCCACCGUUCAAAAGGUUUCUUCAAUUUGCAUCACCGACAUUCGAUGUUUCAGUGUUUGAGAUAUUUUUCCCCUGGUUUAGGGGGGCCACACUCAUCGGUUCGGAGAGAAGCAACAUGUUGUUCGACCUACCUCGAAUAAUCUCAAAAAUGCAAGUCGACGCCGCUGAGCUGACCCCAACAGUGGCCGGAGAGCUGCUACGCAAUCGUCAGAGCGUCCCAUCUCUCACGGUCCUGCUUACCAUAGGCGAAAUGCUCACAAAACGGGUAGUGGAGGAAUUUGGUGCUUCAACAAUGCAGGAUGGGAUACUUUAUGGAAUGUACGGCCCGACUGAGGCGACCAUACAUUGUACGGCUGCACCAAAUUUCCAGUCAGAAUCGAGAGUGAAUCUUAUCGGCCGUCCUUUCGAAACCGUUUCGGCUUUUGUGAUAUCAUUGGAGGACUCGCCAGAUAUUCCAUCAGAGCCUGUAACCUUACCUAUUGGUCAGAUUGGAGAGUUGGCUGUUGGCGGACCACAAUUAGCAAUUGGUUAUAUUAAUCGCCCUACUGAGAAUUUAAAGGCCUUCAUACGGAGCAAGAAAUACGGUCGAUUAUAUCGAACAGGUGACAAAGCGCGGUUACUGCCUAACGGAGAAAUCGAAUGCUUCGGUCGAGUUUCCACAGGACAAAUAAAACUCCGAGGCCAACGCGUGGAACUUGGUGAAAUCGAGAGUAUCAUUUCCAUGGCGCCAAGGAUACGGAGUACUGUGGUAGGGGUUGUUGGUGGAAUUUUGAUUGCAUGGAUUAUUGCUGAUCAUGGGUACGAUAUACGACUUGAGGAUAUUAAGGGUUUCUGUCGAGGCAAGCUCCCAAAUUAUAUGGUCCCUGGAGACUUCUUGGCAGUCGAUGCAUUUCCACGUCUGGAAUCUGGAAAGGUAGACAGGAAGGCUCUGGAAGCUGAAUAUCUCACUCGCCAAAAAGAGAAAUUUACGAAGAAAAGGACUUUUCGAGAUUCCCUAGAGGAAAAAAUUACUGAAAUCGUUGAGAGUGUGGUUGGCACGUCAGUUGAUAGCCUUUCUGCUGCAGGGCUGGACUCCCUGAAAGGAAUCAAACUGGCGGCUAAGCUACGAGAGAUUGGAAUCAACUUGGACGUCGCUAAACUACUCUCUGCCGACUCUGUGAGCGAUAUCUGGAACAUUGCUCAAGAAAAUAGGCGACGGAGGGAACUGACAUCUCAGACUACCGACAACACGGCCCAAACUUUUGUGGAAGCCGCUUUUUCCGUUCUUGGAUCGGAAGGCCUCCUGUCCAGAACUGAAAGAGUGGAGCUUUGUAGUGACAUCCAAGUGGCAAUGCUUUCAGAAUCACUCCGAGACAGUAAAGCCUAUUGCAACUGGAUCGAGCUGAAAUUCAUAGAUGGCCUGGAGCUGGCCAAGAUAAAAGCCGCUUUCAAGGAGCUGAUACAUCACAAUGAGAUGUUACGAUCCGCUUUCUUAUCGCUUGAUACACCCGAUUACCCGUUCUGCCAAGUCACCUGGAAUAGGGACGUUUCAGCAGAUCCUUUUCAAGAAACGACAUGCUUUGACUAUGAAUGGAAUAUGGCUAACCCUAACCUUAUGGUUCCAUUCAAGCUCCAAUUCAUUCAGGACAAAACAUCUGUGCGAGCUUUACUUCAUCUUCACCAUGCAAUCUAUGACGGUUGGUCAUGGGAACUUAUGCUUAACGACCUUCAGGCAGCUUUGGAUGAAAAGCCGCUGACUACUCGAACCCCAUAUUCUGCAGUAGUGAAGCAUUCCAUUACAACACUCUCGUCAGAUGCGGCUAGAUCAACAUCAUAUUGGGCAACUUACAUGCAGGGCGUAACUCUAACAAACUUCCCUAAUUUUCACGGUCGAAAUGGCUUUAAAAGGAGCAGCAAAAGGCUUACUCGGACUUUCGACAUUUCUCCGAUAGAUCUCGAAACCAAGGCCCGGUCAAUGUCAAUCAGUCGCCAAACAUUCUUCCAAUCUUCGCUUGCAUAUAUUCUUUCAUCCUAUCUUGACACGCAAGAUGUGAUCUUUGGUACGGUGUUCUCAGGUAGAACUGUGCCAGUUGCUGGGAUUGAAUCAAUAAUUGGGCCAUGUAUUCGUGUCCUACCAAAUAGAGUUAAUCUCUCCUGGGUACGAACAGUUGCCGACCUGCUGAAUGUUGUCCAGAGGGACAACCGUAAAGCCUUAGACUACGGAAAUCUGUCACUUCGUGAUAUCAAGAAAGCCGCUGGAAUAGAAGGUAGCAGCAGGCUCUUUGAUUGCAUCAUUGUUUGGCAGGAGACUUUAGGGGAAUCCUCAGGGUCAUGGACCUCUUUCGAACAAACCGCCUCUGCAGAUUAUCUGGAGUUCCCAUUAACUAUCGAACUAGAGCCAAUAAAUGGGCGGAUCAAAGCCGCUGCUAUAUUUGACCAGUCCAUCUUCCCUGAAGCUCAAGUGCAUCUGCUAUUAGAGCAGGUUGAGGCGAUUGCUGAUAUCUUUGUUCGCUCACCGAAAGAAACUCUUCACUCAGUCAAUGCUCAACUCCCUUCCACUGUGUUAUCAAUCGAAAAUAGUGACUUUGUGCAUCUAGAUAACCUCCCACAUUUGGCAUAUCAUGUCGAGCAGAUUGCGGUAGACGAGCCAGGACGCAAUGCCAUCGAAUUCGUCCAUACUUUCGAUCCAGACACUGGUUCUAUUCUGUGCGACACUCUAACUUACGGUGAACUCAAUUCCCGAAGUAAUCGUCUUGCUCAUUAUCUCCUCAGCAGUGGCAUUUCAAGUGGAGAUCUUGUUGCCAUAAUCCUGGACAAAUCCAUUGAACUAUAUGUCGCGAUUCUAGCGGUCAUAAAAAUUGGCGUGGGCUACGUACCUCUCACGCCAGUAACUCCUUUCGAGAGGAUUCGUGCUAUUCUGAACGAGACGGUACCCAAGACUUGUGUUGUCGACUCGGGUCUUCUCUCUCAGCUAAAAUCUUUAGACUGGCUUUCAACCUUGGAACCGCAGAACGUCAACAUGGAGCAAUAUUCCGAUGCAAAUAUUAUCCUAUCUCAUCAUUCCUCUAACAUAUCAUACGUAGUUUAUACAUCUGGAAGCACAGGAAAGCCCAAAGGAGUUGCAAUCACUCAUCACAACCUCCAGAGCAACAUUGCAACACUCGCUGAGAUCUAUCCUGUCAAACCAGAUUCAAAGAUUCUUCAAGCAUGUUCACAAGCUUUUGAUGUGUCGGUUUUCGAAAUCUUCUUCGCAUGGAACACUGGAAUGACUCUCUGCUCGGCGACCAAUGAUAUAAUGUUCCGUGAUAUUGAAGCCGUCAUCAGGAAUAUGCACAUUACUCAUCUGAGUCUCACUCCGACUGUGGCUGCCUUGAUACGCCCUGAAAAUGUACCAGAAGUUGGAUUUCUAGUUACAGCCGGUGAAGGAUUGACCGCAAAAGUUCACCGGGAAUGGGCGGGCAACGGAUUAUACCAAGGAUACGGUCCAUGCGAGACUACCAACAUUUGUACCGUCAAGCCCAAUGUUUCGCAGCUUGAUGACUUGAGGAACAUAGGCAAACCAUUUAAGAAUACAUCGGCGUUUGUCAUCUCUGAUAGCUCUACAUUUACUAUCUUGCCUAGAGGAAGUGUGGGCGAGUUUUGUUUUGGCGGCGAUCAAGUUGGCAAAGAAUAUAUCGAGCAAGCAGAUCUAACAAAAGAAAAGUUUAUUGAGCAUCCCAAAUUCGGUCGAUUGUAUCGAUCCGGGGAUUUUGGACGACUGUUGGCCGACGGUUCAUUGAUGUUCACAGGUCGUCGAGAUGAUCAAGUCAAGUUGCGUGGUCAGCGGAUCGAAUUGGGGGAGAUUAACAGUACGAUCCUGUGCCAUGCGCAGGCCCAGGAUUGCAUGUCGAUCAUCAUUGGCGGCAAGGAUCGAAACGAAAGGCAGCAGCUUGUAUCCUUCUUUGUUUUACGGAGUUCAAGGUCCACUGAAAAUGAGGUUGGUGGUCAACGAGCUGACGUGAUAAAUGCUAUUUUCGAAGAGCUAUCCGCCAAAUUACCUUCUUACAUGGUGCCAUCCGCUUUGAUUCCUGUUGAUGAAAUUCCGAUGACAACUGUGAAGAAAAUCGAUGCCAAACAACUGACAGCGAGAUUCCGUGCAUUGACUCCAGAUGAUCUACAGAAAUACUCUCGCGAACGAGGAUUGCCGGUCACAGACACCUUGAAUCCAGAUGAAAGGCAAAUAGCUCAAAUCAUCUCUCAAGCAACCCAUACGUCUCUGGGACAGAUCAGACUCAAUACUUCUUUGUUCAGCAUUGGGCUUGACUCUAUAUCUGCCAUAUAUAUGGCAAAGAAGCUCAGAGACUCCGGAUUUGGUCAGGUUGAUGUGUCACUAAUUUUACGCCACAGCUCUGUUGGGGAGCUUUCGAAACAGAUAGGGAAGGCGAAAGCUGAUAAAGGCCGACCACUUACAUCAGAGUCUGCUGCAAGGAAUAAUGGUACAGUUAGUCUGGAAGGAAGUGUUAUCCAAGAGAUCAAGGAUGAGUUUGAAGCGGCAGGUCAUAGAGUUCAAUUGGUCAUCCCAUGCACUGCUCUACAAGAAGCAAUGCUCUCACGUACAGUCUCCCACGGCAAAACAGCGUAUUGGAACCAUAUUUUGUUCGAGUUAUAUGGAGACAUCGAAACGUUUCGUGAGGUGAUGCAACAAAUGGUCACACGACACGAUAUUCUACGCACCAGUUUUGUCUCUACUAAGGAUGCCAGAUUUUCAUUCGCACAAGUCAUUCUGGAAGAGAUCUCCUUACCCUUCUCAAUGGUUGAAACAACAGAAGUGGAUCUUGAAAUAAGUAAGCAAAAGUCAAAUCUUGCACAACAGAAUGAUGAGAAGCAUAAGGUUCCAUAUGCUUUGACAAUGAUCACUGAUGUUAGAACUGGGCAUAAAAAGCUACUUCUCUCCAUUCAUCAUGCGAUACAUGAUGGUGAAGCAAUGUCUCUAUUAUUCAAGGAGAUUGAGAAAGCAUAUGAAGGGAAAGAGCUAUUACCUGCGCCCCAGUUCCAUCAGUUCGUCGAUCAUAUCAUGGGAGGCAAGGUCCACGAAGAAGAGUCGUUCUGGUCUAAUUAUCUAAAUCGCAUGUGCCAUUCACACUUAUGCCCUCAGGUAGCAAAAACUAGGAACAGUGAAGGACCUGAGAUAGGAAUAGUUCGACAGGAACUAGGAAUAUCCUUCAUGGAUUUCGAAAGACUUUGCCAUGAUCUAUCAGCAACCCCAUUGAGCGUUUUCCAAGCCUCGUGGGCGCGACUUCUAUCAGCUUACAUAAAGUCUUCUGAUAUCUGUUUUGGCACUGUUCUUAGUGGCAGAACAACACUUCUGGAAGGGGUUGAACACAUAAUUGGACCUUGCUUCAACGUGCUCCCUAUUCGUGUAAAACUGUUACCGACAGCACUGAACACCGAUGUUAUAAAAGCUGCACUGGAAGCCAAUGCGGAUAUACUGGCUCAUCAGCAUGCAUCUCUAAGACAAAUACAAAAGAAGUUUUCCCCAAAUGGUAGGCUUCUUUUUGACUCCAUUGUUUUAUUUCAGCGUCCAGCCACCGAACUUGACUCUCGACUAUGGAAAUUGGUGUCGGAAGAAGGUGAAAUGGACUUUCCGGUCAUUCUUGAGAUUGUGCCCUCUACAACGAGCAACUCCGUAUCCAUCCUCCUCCACACCGAUUCUUCCCUAGUGUCUCAUGCAGAUUCUCAAAUCAUCUUAAAGGACUUCAUUGAUACGGUGAUGCAUACAAUUAGGUACCCUUGGGCUAGAAGUUUUGAGGGCAAAGGCGAAGGUCAUCUACCUUCAAUUGCGCAGGUAGCCAGGGAAUAUAUGGUCAAGGAAUCAAAAUACACGGAAGCUUCGUCAACUUUGACAAAUGGACACGAAAACCUCUCGGAUGAUGAGCAUUUAGUCAGAAAUGUCAUGUCUGAAUUAUCCAAAUAUGACCCGCAGGCUAUCAGGCAUGAUACGACUAUAUUUCAGCUGGGACUUGAUAGUAUCAAUGCAGUGCAGAUAUCGAGGAUGUUGAGAGAUAAAGGGUAUACAGUGUCAGCUGCAGAUAUACUUGAGAGACCGAGUUUGGGUCAGAUCGCAGAACUACUCCGAAAUGCGAAAUCCGAAACGUCAUUGAACUCGUUCCAAUUUGAUGCCUUUCAAUCAGACCACAAAGACUACGUUCUAAGAAGUUUAGAUCUUCAAGAGACAGAUGUCGAAUCAAUACGUCCCUGCAGCCCAGCACAACUAGGCAUGUUAGCUGACUUUGUCAAAUCGAACGGGGAUCUAUACUGUAACCGCCUAACACUCAAGAUCAAAGAGGAUAUAGAUAUCUCUCGCUUACGAGAUGCUUGGUCUACUGCUAUGGCUCGCCAUGAAAUGCUGCGAACUGGCUUCAUUCGUCUGAAAGAUCCGAAAUUUCCUUUUGCAAUGGUAACAUAUACCGCGCAGUAUGCUACCCUUCAGUGGAUCGAAAGCAGUGAAAGACUAUCUGAAAAGGAAUAUCAUGAUCGAAGAAGGAUGUUUCAUGAAAAGUUGCAUAUGCCACAGUGGCAGGUUUCUCUGCGUCAUUUACCAUCUACCAUCGAAGUCGAGUUGAUGGCUAUGCAUGCUAUCUAUGACGCGCAGUCUUUAGAGUUGAUACUUUCAGAUGUUGUCAAUCUCUAUAGAGGUCUCCAAAUGUCACCGCCGGUGCCUAUUACUCCUAUUCUAGGCCAUAUCCUCACAGCUGCAUCUUCAGUCAGCCCUGAUACAGAUUCAUUCUGGAGCAGAGUCAGCUCAGAGUUUCAGCUUACCAAGUUUCCAAACUUGACGCCUUUCAAUGUGCGGGAUCGGGGGAUGACGGUGAGCAGUCAACCGGCUACCAAAUCGCUUGCAGCAAUCAACGAGCAAUGCAGGGCUCUUGGCGUUUCUUUGCAAGCAGCAGGGCAAGCAGCAUAUGCCAGACUAUUGGCGAACUAUACUGGCAAUACUAACGUCUCUUUUGGGGUGGUUCUGUCUGGCCGCGAUGUUCAUACCAAUGCGGAAGAUGCCGUUUUCCCGUGUUUGGUGACAUUGCCUUUCCAAUGCCAUGUUCAAGGAAGCAAUAAAGAACUUAUCUUAUCGGUUAUGAAAACGGAUGCUCUGUUAGUGAAGCAUCAAUUCACGCCGCUAUCGAGGAUCCAGAGAAUGUUCCAACAGGACAGUCCUCUCAUUGAUACAGUGUUUGUAUAUCAGAAACUGGCUCGUGGAAGGGCCGAGAUGCAGUUCUGGGACGUUGUUGAUGACGAUGCUAGAGUUGAUUAUCCUCUGUCCAUCGAAUUGAUUCCUGAAGAAAGUGAAUUAGUACUGCGCCUGACCUGCAGAAACGAUGCUAUCCCUCAGCCACAGACAAAGAUGAUUCUCAGACAAUUGGACGGCCUUCUUUUGGAUAGUCUCUUCAAUGAAGAGUCGAAUUGCGCACUAAUCCCUGAUGUGCAACCUGAAUUACUCUCGGUUACGCCUGCUAAACAGCCCUAUAUUCCAUCUCCUGUCUCAUUGCUGCACGAAUACGUCGAGAAGACUACUUUACAAACGCCACAUAGGAUUGCUCUUGAGUUUGCUUCGAGCGUCACUUCCCGAGAAAUCACAAAGCAGACAUGGACAUACCUCGAACUCAAUCAAAUGGGUAACAGGGUUGCGAGGCUCUUACAAUCACUCAAUCUCAGACAGAGCAGCCUCAUUGCCAUCUGUUUUGAUAAAUGCCCGCAGGCAUACUUUGCUAUCCUUGGGAUCUUGAAAAGUGGACAUGCGUAUGUAGCCCUGGAUCCCACUGCGCCACUUGCCAGGAAGCAAUUUAUAAUUGAGGACUCCGGUGCCCGCGUCGUAUUGUAUGCUUCGGACAAAAAUGAUGACUUACAGCAAUUAACCGGAACCGAGGUGAUUGCAAUGGACAUGGCCGGUUUACUAGACGGCAUCUCAUCAGAUCCUCCAGUUCUCUCCAAGCCAAUUGAUCCACAGGAUACAUGCUAUUGCUUGUAUACAUCAGGGACAACGGGAACGCCCAAGGGUUGCGAAAUUACACAUGAGAACGCAGUGCAAGCAAUGCAAGCCUUCACACGACUGUUUAGUCCAAACUGGAACGAGGACUCCAAGUGGCUACAAUUUGCAUCUUUUCAUUUUGAUGUCAGUGUCCUCGAGCAGUACUGGAGCUGGAGUAUGGGGAUCUGUGUUACAUCUUGUCCUCGUGACGUCUUAUUCCAAGAUCUGCCUGGUACUAUAGAUCGUCUUCAAAUCACACAUAUAGACCUAACACCAAGUCUUGCCAAGUUGGUGACGCCGGAGGAAGUUCCGUCUCUCUGCAAAGGAGUGUUUAUCACAGGUGGUGAAGCCCUUAAACAGGAAAUCCUUGACGCUUGGGGAAAGCAUAGGGUUAUCUAUAACGGCUAUGGACCGACAGAGGUCACCAUUGGCUGUACUAUGCUUCCAAGGAUGGAUGAGAAUAGCAAAUCGUCUAAUAUUGGGCCCCAGUUUGAUAAUGUCGGUUCAUAUGUCCUUCAGCCAGGCACGAAUGUUCCUGUCCUACGGGGAUGCAUGGGUGAACUGUGUGUAUCUGGCGUCUUGGUUGGUCGAGGCUACAUUAACCGUCCAGAGCUAACUCAGGAGAAAUUUCAGUAUCUGGAUGGAUCCAAACGAGAACGGUUCUAUCGUACGGGUGACCUUGUCAGAAUAUUGUACGACGACAGCUUUCAGUUCAACGGCCGAAUAGACGAUCAAGUGAAACUUCGAGGGCAACGACUUGAACUUGGAGAGAUCAACUCUGUUAUUCAAGAAGCUUCCGAUAAUGUAUCAGAAGUUACAACACUAGUCACCAAGCAUCCAACCCAGCAGAAGGAGCAGCUUGUAGCAUUUGUCUCGAGGAAAGGGAGUCGGGAUAGAUCGACCAUACUGGAGACUACCAAGGAUGAUGAUGUCAAUGAAUUCCUCAGGUGUAUCAAAAGGGCCGCUCAAGAUAAGCUUCCUGGUUACAUGGUUCCAACCCACAUCAUUCCCGUUGUAUCCUUGCCUUUGACUCCAAACAACAAAGUCGACGCGAAAGCCCUGAAAACGUUCUUUUCGGGACUGUCUUCAGAAGAGCUACAGAACUUGACUUUACUAUCCAACGAGAAUCUGUCAAUUGCUGAGAAGGAAGUCCAAAAUGCUAUACGGAUACUUGCUGAAUAUGCCAUAGUCGAACCAGCUGGGCUCUCAUCAAAUACAAGCAUUUUUGAUGUUGGCCUUGACUCAAUUUCAGUCAUUGGACUUGCUCAGCAUUUCCGAGAUGCAGGGUAUCAAAAUGCGAAAGUUUCAGUAAUCAUGAGAAACCCUACAGUUGCAGGCAUUGCGGCGUCGUUGGAGAAAGAAGGGCCAAAGGCCUCGUCAGUAGACGGAGAAGUUGGGGACAGUAAACAGAAACUCAAAGGUUUUGCUCAUGAAAACACUGUCAGUGCCGCAGAAAAGAUCGAAAGGUCACCCGAAGAGAUUGAAAAUGUAGCACCCUGCACAGCGCUACAAGAAGGAAUGAUAGCGCGGUUUCUGGAGAGCUCGCGGAACCUCUACUGUUCUUCGUUCAGAUUCGAACUUAAACCAGAAACCGACACUGGUAAGCUGCGGCAAGCAUGGUCUGAAACUCAAGCGAACGUUCAAUUGCUUCGACUUCGCAUGAUUGCUCUAGCUGAUGGAUAUGCUCAGGUUGUGUUGAAAGAUGACCAGUUUCCUUGGAGUGAGAUGACCGUCGCGAAUGAUCAGGAAGUCGACGCUGUCGCUGGUAAUGAAUGGCAAGCAUGGUGCAGUCAGUUGAAAGAUUUAACCAGCACUCUGUGGUGUUUGGUUCUUAUCAAGUCCUGCAGCCGCAGGUUGCUAUGUUUGAAUAUAUUUCAUGCCCUAUACGAUGGCAACAGUCUUCCGCUAUUGCUGGAACAGGUUUCUUUGAGAUAUCACGAACGAAAAGUGCAGGAGAACGCCCCUUCUUUCAUGGAUAUUCUACCCUAUGGACCAUUGCGAGUGUCCUCGCAGGCGAAGGUAUUCUGGGAGAAACAUCUGGUUCACGCCCCUGAUGAUCGAGUCUUCCCGAUCGUCAACGAUGCUCCAUGUGACACAAUUACGUUGACCAAUGUCCUCAAAGAGGUAUCUGGCCUAGAGCAGAUCAAAGCUUCUUUGCAGGUCACCGAAAAUGCCAUAUUUCACGCAUGCUGGCUUCUCACCCUACACGAACAUUUCUCAGUCAUUCCAUGUCUAGGAAUCGUGGUUUCCGGAAGGGCGCUUGAUAUUCCUGGCGUCGAGUCGGUCGUUGGACCGCUGUUUAAUACCAUUCCAAGCUACAUACCAUUGCAUCAUCUGAGGACAAAGGCCGAUUUGAUAAAAGCCUGCCACCAAUAUCAUGUAUCGAUACUUCCGUUUCAACACACUCCGCUUCGAGAUAUCAACAAAUGGACGAGACGAGGAACAAGAAAUCCCUUAUUUGAGAUACUCUUUGUAUUUCAAAAAGAACAUGGCCAUUCGUCUCCGGCUUUCUCAGAACAUAUUUGGACGGAGAUCAAUUCAGGGUUUGCAACUGCCGAUUUCCCUCUUUCUCUCGAGGUCAUGCAGAUGAAUGGCUCUGUUGUUGUGACUUUAGCAUCACAGUCACAUGCAGUAUCGGAAGAUACUGCAAAUGCACUUUUGUCUACUUUCGCGUCUCUAUGCAAAGAUAUCCGGAAUAAUCAUACGUCUGCUCUUCCUAACAAACUUGUGUCUUCAGGUCAAGACAAUAGAGGGCAAGAAAUCUGCGUCCAAAGAAAUAUUGAAGAAUUGGGAAAUAAUUUCCAAGGAUUCGAUUGGACUCCGUCUGCCAUGGAAAUUCGCAAUGUCGUUGCAGCUCUUGCAGAAGUGGACGUUGCCUUGAUCAAUCCGACGACGUCAAUCUUCGAAUUUGGUCUAGAUAGCAUAGAUGCUAUAAAGCUAUCCUCACGACUAAAGAGCCGCGGAUUUAACCUCUCAGUCAGUUCGAUCAUGAAACUACAUACAAUUUCAAAAAUGUCAGAAGCCUUGUCAAGGCCAGUAGCUUCUUCAAAAGUCAAUUCGGACGUCUCUCUGAUUCAAAUCCAAGAAGAAAUCACCAACUGUCUACAAAAAGCAGGAAAGUUAUCAACAAAUGCAAUCAAGGUUUUACCUCUGGCGGCACUUCAAGAAUCGAUGGUUGCCGAGAUGAUAGCUUCGGGUUAUCAGCAUUAUUACGGUGUUGAGGUUUUUGAGGUCGCCGAUGGAACAAACUUUUCGAAGCUUCUUACGUCUUGGAAGACCGUCAUAGAUACUCAUGAUAUACUACGCACAUCGUUCGUCGAGAUUGAAGAUCCUCAGGUUACUAGUUCCUUCGCUCAGGUCGUGGACGUGCCGAAUGACCAGCAAGCAAUCCAAGUCGUUGAUCUGGGAGAGCGAUCUAUAGGGGACUUCAUCCAGUCAUCAAUCUACAGCAGCACCCGCCCAGAGUUCGCAAUCUAUGGAGUUCGAAAAGGGGAUAAACGUUACAUUGUUCUGGCCAUGGCGCAUGCACUAUAUGACGGAUGGUCGCUUGAUCUUUUACAUACUGAUGUUGAAAAAUCAUACUACGGAGAGGACGUGACUCGUCCAGCAUAUGAGCCCAUUCUAGAGUCAAUACUCAACGACGCAGGAGACAAGGAUCGUCAAUUCUGGUUAGCAGCACUCAAAGGUUUCAAACCACGAAAAUUGCCGUGUGGGAAACACCCUGGUGGCGAUAAAUCGACGUUGCAUCGAGCAGAGGUAUCGUUUGAUGUCCCUAGCGAGACGAUAAAGAAAUUCUGUCGCGACCACGGUAUAACAGUGCAAGCCUUAACUGUCACGACUUGGACGAUCGCUUUAGCCAGUAUUAUCGAGGCCCUUGAUGUAGGCUUCGGACUUGUUCUAUCCGGACGAAGCCACGCAGAUGCAGAUGAAGUCAUGUUUCCUACAAUGAACACUGUCGUCUUCCGAGCUAUACUUCAUGGUACUCGAUUGGAGAUGCUGAAAUAUAUACAGGGGUCUCUGAAUGCGUUGAUCGAAUAUCAGCACUAUCCUCUCCGCAAAGUUAGUGGCGACAUUGCAGCUGGGAGCUUGUUUGAUACUCUUUUCAUAUAUCAGAAACGACCGUCAUCGUCGACUUCGAGAAACCCUCUGUAUCAGUCUAUUAGUGGGACAGCACACACGGGAUCUCCACUAUCGGUAGAAAUGGAAUUAAUGAGCGGAUCCAUGAUUUGCCGCCUUGCAGCACGGGAUGACCUAUUCGGCAUGAAGGAUGCAACCGAUAUUCUUGAUCGUGUAGCUCAAGUUUUCCUGUUGAUAACUUCUGAGCCACAAGAUGCGACGGUUGACUUCACGGAUACUGGGAUGAGUAUUUGUGGACGGCCUUCUUUUAGAGAGUCUCACGAUGAGCCCGAGGUGAUUUCAGGUUAUGGAGAAGCGUCUAAAGUCGUAGGAAGAGCACAAUCAUGGUCUGAUACUGAGUUAAAAAUCAGACAAGUUCUCUCAGCAAUUUCAGGAGUACCGGCGGAUGAUAUCAGCAAGGACAGCACGUUGUUCCAUCUAGGGCUUGAUAGCAUCAGCGCAAUCAAGGUGUGCUCAUUACUGAGAAAGCAGUCUAUUGAUCUUCCAGUCAGUGCGAUGCUGAAGGCUGGGUCCAUUGCAGGUAUGGCGGCAGUCGCAAUGUUGGAGAAUCGGGGCCCUCAGCCAGAUAUAUCUAGCGAAGCAAUGAAUUCCACGCUCGAGCAAAUGUUGAAUGAUUUUGACAUCGAGAAACUUCUGUCACUUAACAAAUUCUCUGCGGAUGAUGUUAAGUGUAUACUUCUCGUUACUGCAGGACAGAUGUAUUGUCUCGCAAGAAACGCACAGGAUCCUCAACAAUUCUACGCCAACUUCUAUUACAAGGCCGACAUCUCGAGAGAUCAACUAUCUCAUGCAUGGGAACUUUUGGUGGCGCAGCUCCCUAUCCUGCGAACCGGAUUUAUUGAUACUGGUGUCAGAGAGAAGCCUUGGUUGCAAGUCAUUCUGAAGCAGUUAGAAAACCCGGUUCAGUGGCAUGAGACAAUCCAAGACCCCAGAUUUCAAUCUCCACCUUCUCGGUCCAUCACCGUGGGACCUGUCUCUUUGCAUGCGGUAGAAACUGCACAGGGGGUGAUAAUCAAUCUGCGUAUUCACCAUGCGCUUUAUGAUGCAGUCGGUCUCUCUGGGCUAAUCGAUCGUCUUAGUAGGAUGUGUACGGGAGUGGAACUUCAAGCCGAUACCGGUGCGGAAUUUGCUAAGUUCAUAAUAUAUCAAAAUAUAUCUUCGCCGCUAGAAGUGAGGAAGAAGUUCUGGAAGACCUAUUUGGCCCAGACUCGGCCACAGCUUUUGAAAAACACAAAUUUACGACAGAACAAGAGAAUUAGUGUCUACCGAUCAGGCUUGGUUGAGAAUCUCGAGGCCAUAGAAAGUACUGCGCGACGCCACGGCCUCAGUUUUCAGUCCUUAUUCAUGGCGGUAUAUGCAAAGAUACAUUGUGCACUACUGUCAGAAGCACACAAUGAAGCCGACAAUAACAAUAGUGAGGAGAAUGAACAUACGGAGUACUAUGUUCUCGGCGUGUAUUUGGCAAAUAGGGGAUACCCUCUUGAAGGACUCCAAAAAAUGAUCUCACCAACCUUGAAUAUGCUACCACUACGCAUUGCGCUCUCUUCACGCUUGAUUGAAAGUGCCUAUCAAAUCCAGAGAGAUCUACAUGAGAUUAGCCGUGUGGAACAUUCGGGUGCAUCAUUACUCGAGAUCAAUGGCUGGACAGGCGCCCGCAUCGACACAUUCGUGAACUUCUUACGACUUCCAGAUUCGGUAUCUGACGAGAACGACGCAACAACGAUCACCGCUCCAAACGGCAAUAUUCGGUUUACCCCCUUACAACUAGAGGAUAUCACACAUGGCCAUCCAGCGCCGUAUGAGACACGUGGAGUUGAUGGACCAGAAGCGUCUAGCCAGAAAAUAGUCGUCGAGGAAAAGGAAGAAGCUGAAAAGGAGAGAGUUUACAUGGAUUCCAUGGAUAUCGAAGCUGCCGUUCGGGACGGAAAGCUUGAUAUUGGCGUUUUUGGCCCCGAGUCACUACUCAGUCAGGAGAAGGCUGAGGAAAUUUUGAGUAGAUUACGAAGAGAAUUGGGAGACGUAUCAUUGCACUUGUAA